AUGAUGAAGCUAUCGUAUGUGAUUGGCUUAAUUAGCAUAUGUGUUGCCUUUGCUGACAUGGAAAUGGCGAAUACGAAUGUCACACCUUUCGAUGAUGUGGAUUUGGAUAGCAAUGGUGAGAUUGACUUCAAUGAGUUCGAAAAAUGGAGUAAAUUGAAGCGAAAAGAUCAGAAUGAACAGUUUAUCAGAGAAACUUUCCACAAAUUCGAUUCUUCCAAAGAUGGAAAACUUGAUGUCGCUGAGUUUGUUCCUUUAGCUUAUGAAUUAAGCAAAAAACCUAUUGAUGCUGCCCAAGAAAUCUUCCGCAAGAUGGAUCAGAAUGACGAUGGAAUCGUUGACAGCCAAGAAAUCGAUCGUGCUCGUGCUAACUUCGAUGAUGGCAUCAUCAGCGGCGUUUUAGCCAUCGCUGACACCAACAGAGAUGGACAAUUAAGUUUUGCUGAAUUCGAAGCUCAACUCUUAUUCAAUAAGCCAAAGAGUCAAGCUGAACUCAACCGUGAAAUGGCCGCACAAUUGCUUACUUUCAUAGAUGCCAAUGGAGAUGGCAAGCUGACUGCUCCAGAGAUUUACAAAUUCGCCAACUUAUACGGACAAAUUUCAUCUCAAGACGUUGAUAAUGUGAUUCAAAAUCUCGAUAUCAACAAUGAUAAGGCUCUUUCACUCACUGAAUUGGAAGUUCUUCCCCAGAAGAUCGGAACUCUUGUCAACGUUCAAACUCCACCAUCUGUCUAA